AUGGCUGGCCUAGCCCCAUCUCUGGCCCUCAGCCUAACGGCUCCAACUUCUUCAACCUCGAUCCUUCCAGUCGCUUCUACGAUAUCUCUCUCCCACCUCUCACCCCCGCCUUUUCCACCAGCUCCUUCAACCAUGGCGGGGUGGAUCGGAUGGGUGUUUACCUUCGUCUUUUCCACCAUUCCAAGCGUCCUCUACUGGGUCAUUACCUUUACAACCAUUACAUUGCCCACAUGGCUCUUCACGCUCUUCUCUAUGAGCUUGACGUUCACCAUGAAUUUUACCACCUUAAUGUUGAUAUUAUUGGCCCUGGUAUCGACCGUUGGCUGGUUCAUCCGCUAUCGGUUCCUGAAUAUGUACAGUCGCCUGCCUCCGGAGCCCCAACGCAAAGAAGCCCAGAUCGAUCUGUUCCCCGAUGUCCAGGAAGGCGAUUCAAAGCCAGGACUUGCCAACUAUUUGGAUGAAUUCCUCAGUGCGAUUAAAGUCUUCGGAUACCUUGAACGGCCCGUUUUCCACGAGCUCACUCGGACGAUGCAGACCAGAAAGCUGAUUGCGGGAGAAACGCUCAUGCUAGAAGAGGAGAAAGGCUUUUGCAUGGUUGUGGACGGGUUGGUCCAGAUCUUCGUGAAGUCCUCACGGGAAAGGAAAUCAAACUCCCAGGAGAGCCUGUAUAUGGACGAUGAGUCCUCAGACGAGGAGGAGCGUCACACCCACCACCGACAAGGCUAUCAGCUGCUCACCGAGGUCAAGAAUGGUGCUUCCAUGUCCUCUCUGUUCUCUAUCCUCCAGUUAUUCACUGAAGAUAUCGAGCUGCGGAACUCGCAGAGCCAUGGUUCCAGUGUAUCCAGCCCCAUUGGGGGCCAGAGUCCCGUGCCUGAUGCCGUCCCCAUCAGCCCCGACACCGGUGUUUUCAACAGCCCCAGGUCCACUAUGAGAGAUGACAGUGGGUACUUUGCUAAUCGUGAACCCGGUGAUUCUGAACCGUUACCCCCAGUGCCUCUGUUGCACCUCGGAGAGAGCCACACUAUUCCCAGCGCGGACCAAAUACCACCAUCGGAGAGUAAAGAGAAAGCCCAAGCCCCAAAGGGCCACAAAUCCCACACGAAACGUCGCAAGUCGGUACAUCCCGAUAUUGUGGCGCGGGCUACAGUGGACACGACUAUUGCUAUCAUCCCAGCGAGCGCAUUCCGCCGCUUGACCAGAACCUACCCACGGGCAACAUCACACAUUGUUCAGGUCAUCCUGACACGUCUCCAGCGGGUUACAUUCGCCACAGCGGAUUCCUACCUGGGCCUGAGUAAGGAAGUGCUGGGAAUAGAGCGUCAAAUGUCUAGAUAUACCUCUUGGGACCUCCCAAACAAUCUUCGAGGAGGCGCUUUAGACCGCUUGAAAGAUAAAUUCAUGCGGGAGCGAGAUCGAUUGGGCCCGGAGGAAACCGGGAAAGGCAUCGCGCUUCACAAUCCUUCUGCUGGCCGUAGGCGGCGCUCGAACAGCACUCUCAGAAAAGAAGCCGUUUUGCAAGCGAAGUUGGCCAAUGACCGUUCUCCUCCACAACCAACCCCACUAAGAUCACCUUCGACGUCCCAUGACAGGGACACGGUGGGUGUAAGCCCUGGUGAUCUACUGUCGACCAUACAGCUCUCCCGAUUCGGACCGCGGUAUGAGCAUUUGGCAACUAGGAUCCAGACGCCGCUUACCGAAAGGGAACAACCUUCAUUCUUACCCGCUGCACUGGACCACCGGCCCUCAACCUUCCAGCGCAAGGAGUCACUUGACGAGGACAGUAUCUUCCGCGAGUCAAUAUUAGACUGUAUCAUGAAUGGCAUUGGUCUCAAUGAAGCCACACGUGAUACACCACGCAAGAGUAGCAACUCCGGCGACGCCUCACCAAGACUUCUCUCUUUCGAUAAUCGCCGUCACAAGGCGGUAUUCUCCAAUGCCUUCGGCUUCAUUGACCCUUAUGAGGGAUCAGGAGACGGCGAAAGCGAAUCGAUGAUGUCCAUGUCGGUGACGAGCGCAGGGGGGACUUCACCUAUCACCAACCUACGGGAAGAGCUGCGUCAUGACAUAGAGGUAGUCUACUUCCCGCAGGGCUCAGUUCUUGUGGAACAAGGUGAGCGCCAUCCAGGUCUCUACUACGUAAUCGAUGGUUUCUUGGAUGUGGGCGUUCCUGCGAAUGAGCACGACGAGACCCUCAUCGGAUCAUCCCAUGGAUCUGCCACGCAGGCGCAAGAAGAGUUGUUCCCCAAGCUGAGACGCACCGCCACAUCAUCAUCGCGCGUUGCUGGUACACCAGGCGGCAGCGACGGUCGACGGAAGACCCAAUCCCGUAGAUCGCUCUAUCUCAUCAAGCCUGGUGGCAUCCAGGGCUACGUAGGUGCGCUUGCAUCGUACCCCUCAUACACCGAUGUUGUGGCCAAGACGGACGUUUACGUCGGCUUCCUUCCUCGUGCUUCACUCGAGAGAAUUGCAGACAGACACCCGGCUGCUCUAUUGACACUGGCAAAGCGGUUGACUAGGCUUCUGCCACGGCUGUUGCUCCACAUCGAUUUCGCACUCGAGUGGGUACAGGUCAGCGCAGGACAAGUGAUAUAUCACCAAGGAGAUGAGAGCGAUGCCAUCUACAUUGUUCUGAAUGGCCGUCUGAGGUCUGUCCUUGAGGGAUCAAACGGCAAGGUGACUGUCAUUGGGGAGCACGGCCAGGGCGAGAGUGUUGGCGAACUCGAGGUCAUGACCGAAUCCACAAGACCAUGUACCUUGCAUGCUAUUCGAGAGACGGAGUUAGCAAAAUUCCCUCGGUCUCUUUUCAACAGCCUCGCACAAGAGCAUCCUGGAAUUACCAUUCAGGUUUCCAAGCUCAUUGCCCAGCGAAUGCGUGAUUUGGUCGAGCACCCGCUGUCGGAAAAGGGCAUCGAACAAGGACAUGCUGCUGGUGUCCAGACUGCAACCUCAACUCUCAACCUUCGCACCGUGGCAAUUCUUCCAGUCAUGGCUGGCGUCCCGGUCGUGGAGUUCGGGAACAGACUUAUGCAGGCGUUGCACCAAACUGGUGUGACGAGAGGUGUGACAUCGCUCAACCAAGCGGCGAUUUUGAACCACCUAGGUCGCCAUGCUUUCAGUAAGAUGGGCAAACUUAAGCUCUCCCAGUAUCUGGCCGAUCUUGAGGAAAAGUAUAGCAUGGUGCUGUAUAUCGCUGAUACAAGCGUGAACGCACCAUGGACCCAGACCUGCAUUGCCCAAGCUGACUCUAUCCUGUUGGUUGGUCUUGCGGAGUCUUCACCCAGAGUCGGGGAGUACGAACGAUUCCUACUGGGCAUGAAGACUACAGCCCGCAAAGAACUCGUUCUUUUGCACGCGGAACGGUACUGUCCACCUGGCCUCACUCGGGAAUGGCUCAAGAACCGGAUGUGGAUCAACGGGGGCCACCACCACAUCCAAAUGGCUUUCCGGUCCGACGACUCACCUUCGCACCCACCAAGUAAGAAGUUCGGUACUGUGCUCAAACAACGUGUGCAAAUCCUCCAAGCCGAGAUCCAGAAGUAUACGUCUCGGCGUGCACAGCAAACCCCACUCUAUUCCCCGCAAACACCAUUCAAGGGAGACUUCCAUCGCCUGGCUCGGCGGUUGUGCGGCAAGUCAGUGGGUCUGGUACUGGGCGGAGGCGGGGCUCGUGGCAUUGCGCACGUCGGUGUCAUCAAAGCGCUCGAAGAGGCCGGAAUCCCAGUCGACAUCAUCGGUGGCACCUCGAUCGGCUCGUUCAUUGGAGCUCUGUACGCGCGUGACGCUGAUGUUGUCCCCAUGUACGGCCGAGCCAAGAAGUUCGCCGGGCGCAUGGGCAGCAUGUGGCGGUUUGCUUUGGACUUGACCUAUCCCACUGUCUCCUACACCACGGGCCAUGAGUUCAACCGCGGGAUCUUCAAGACAUUCGGAGACAGCCAGAUCGAAGAUUUCUGGCUGGAAUUCUACUGCAACACAACCAACAUCAGCCGAUCCCGCAUUGAGUAUCACUCGUCUGGCUACGUCUGGCGGUACGUCCGCGCCUCGAUGACGCUGGCUGGCCUGAUCCCUCCUAUCUGCGACGAAGGCAGCAUGCUCCUGGACGGUGGCUACAUUGACAAUCUCACUGUGGCGCACAUGAGAAGUCUCGGAGCGGAUAUCAUCUUUGCUGUGGACGUUGGGUCUAUCGACGACACAACGCCCCAGGGAUUCGGAGACUCGCUGUCGGGAUUCUGGUCGGUGUUCAAUCGAUGGAACCCCUUCUCCUCGCUGCCAAAUCCACCUACACUCUCUGAAAUUCAAGCACGACUGGCCUAUGUCUCAUCGAUCGACAAUCUUGAGCGCGCAAAGAACCUGCCCGGCUGUUUGUAUAUGCGCCCUCCCAUCGAUCCAUACGGGACCCUCGAGUUUGGCAAGUUCGACGAGAUUUACCAAGUUGGUUACAAAUAUGGGAAAGAGUUCCUGGAGCGUUUGAAGAAUGAGGGCUCGCUGCCUAUUCCGGAGGAAAACGAGGAAAAGCGCAAGCUGCAGCGGACAAUGGCUCCCCGCCGCGCGAGUAUUUAA